UUGAUUCCAUCAAGUUCAAGUGUGUCCAGGUGUUCUUCCAUAGAUACACUGAAGUGAGUAAUAGCAUCCUUAGCUACAUGGAUGGCUUUAGCGCUCAAGGCGUCCCUCUCGCCGUCUUCCUCGCCUCCGUCGAGCCUCCAGAGAAGCCACGCCAGGGCCGCAGUGGCAGUGGCCACACCGGGGAGGCCUUUCGUCGCCAGGGCACUGGCAGCGGCCUCGGUCGACCCGGCGGUGGUCAUGCCGACGGCGAGGAGGCUUGCGGUCAGGGCGCGCGCAGCGGCGACCUUGCUUGCCCCGGCACCGGCCGGUAAGAGCGGCAUGUCGGUAGCGAAGGCCAUGUCCCAGGCCAGACACAAGGGCAAGACGGCGUUCAUCCCGUACAUCACCGCCGGAGAUCCCGACCUGGCCACGACGGCGGAGGCGCUCAGGCUCCUCGACACCCUCGGUGCCGACGUCAUAGAGGUCGGCAUGCCGUUCUCCGACCCCUACGCCGACGGCCCCGUCAUCCAGGCAUCCGCUGCGCGGGCGCUCUCGGCCGGCGUGACAACGGACGCCGUGAUGGCGAUGCUGAAGGAGGUGACGCCGGAGCUGUCCUGCCCGGUGGUCAUCUUCUCUUACUUCAACCCAAUCGCGCGGCGGGGAACGGGGAGCUUCACCGCUGCAGCCAGAGAGGCCGGUGUACGAGGUCUUAUAGUACCUGAUCUUCCUUAUAUUGAGACAAGUGUUCUUAGGAAUGAAGCCAUAAAGAACGACAUCGAGCUGGUGCUGCUCACAACACCAUCUACAAAAGCAGACAUGAUGAAUGAGAUCACAAUAGCUUCCGAAGGGUUUGUUUACCUUGUAAGUAUCAACGGAGUUACAGGAGCCCGCCCAGAUGUGAACCCGCGGGUGAAGGAUCUUCUCAAGCAGAUUAAGCAGGUCACUAACAAAGCAGUGGCUGUUGGGUUUGGCAUAUCGACCCCUGACCAUAUUAGACAGGUUGCACAAUGGGGUGCAGAUGGAGUGAUAAUCGGCAGCGCGAUGGUAAAGCAUUUGGGUGAAGCUGAUUCUCCAAGAAAAGGUUUAAAGAGGUUGGAAGUAUACGCCAGGAGCCUGAAGGAUGCACUCAAUGGCGGGUCCAUCAUUGGGGCGAGUUAGGGCGACUGCCCCGGUUCUCCAAUGUCAUGGCAGGGUACAUCCCCUGUCUAGUGACCAGUGAUGCAGUGCAAUCUAGCUCCGUCGUUAUCCGCUGCCCUGGCAAACCUCAGUAUCUCUGGGUCCAUCACUGGAUGCACUUUUCAGGAUUAUGUACCAGUGGCGGCUCCAGGAAUUUGCAACCGAGUAUUCAUGUGUAUUCAUUUU